UUGAAAGAGACGAUUAAAUUGUCAAUUACAGACUUGUAAUAAUUUAGAGAUGUAAUUUGAUAUAAACAUCUGUCAAAAUCAUACGGUUUGCCACGAGCUAAAAGAUGACGAAGGCUCAGCGUAAAAUAUAGGCGCAAUGAAUGACGGGACAUGGCGACGUACAAGUUGACUUGUUUUCAAUAUACUGUAUAAUAAUAAAUAAGAAUAAAUAACGACGGGUGGACCCAAAAUAUUAUUGUUUUUUGGAGUUAAAUAAUAAUUAACAAUUAUUAUUACAGUAAGAUUAUAAAAUAAAUUUAUUAAAAUAAAACGUCAACAUGAAUUAUAAUCAUUCGGGAGCUCGAAGAGGCAAGCCUAAAAGGAUAUUAGAUCCUUCGGCAGGAUUUCCAGCACCAGCAUCUCCACCAAAUUCGUAUAUGUAUCAGCAGGUUCCUAUGAACAAUGGAAUCCAGCCAGAUUACGGUUUUAAUAUACCAGAACAGCCUUCACCAGCGUAUGGAUUUAACCAGCAGGGCAUGGCUCCUCCAAUGCAACCAGCAAUGAAUACUGGGUCACCGAUGCCUCCAUACCCUUCAGAGACACCACAAAGUUCUUUUCCGUCUCCACAGUUCGCAGCUAAUAUUCUCGCUGAACCAAUGGUAGCUAAUAUGGCUAUGCAGUAUGGAGAUGCUCUUGUUGGUUCUGGAAAACAGCAUUUGCAAAAAUAUGUACCCGUUAGUGCAUUGAAAUACUACUUUGCUGUAGACACAGACUACGUUUUUUUAAAAUUAGCACUUCUUUUUUUCCCAUUUACGCAUAAGGAUUGGUCAGUAAAGUACGAACAAGAUGUACCUUUACAGCCACGUUACGAAAAGAAUGCCCCAGACAUGUAUAUUCCAACGAUGGCAUUUUUAACUUAUGUUGUAAUAGCAGGAUUGUCACUGGGCACUCAAGAACGUUUCACACCUGAACAGCUAGGAAUAAUUUCAAGCACAGCACUCGCUUGGGGUAUUAUCGAAUUGGUUGUUCACACAAUAACGCUUUAUGUGAUGAAUUUAGACACGAGCUUAAGGACUCUCGAUAUGGUAGCUUAUGGUGGUUACAAAUACGUUGGAAUAAAUCUUGCAAUAUUGCUGUCAUUGAUUUUCGGGCGAGUUGGUUACUAUGGUGUUUUAAUAUACUUCAGUAUAUCACUUGCCUUUUUCCUAAUAAGAUCAUUAAAAUUGCGCGUUAUUCCUGAAGGACACUCUUCUUACUCUGCUACUGGUAAUAAGAGACGAUUGUACUUUAUUUUAUUUUUUGCCAUGCUCCAGCCUUUCCUCAUGUGGUGGCUCUCUUAUCAUCUUAUUUCAUAAGUCAAUUAAUUAUUUAAUUAAUAUUUUGUAAUUGUGAUCGUAAGUGAAUCAAUGAGCAAGAAAAGCAGACAACUAAAUUAAAUAUGUAAAGCAAUUUAAUUAUUGGUUAAUUUUUGUAUAAAAAUACAUCAGAAUAUAUUAUUCAUCGCUACGCUAUUUUCUAUCAAA